CUCUUUUCUCCUCUUCUCUUCUAUUAACUUCUUAGCCCUGCAGUCGGAAGAUAGGACUCGAGAGCUAUAGUAUUGUGAUCUCUCCACGUUUCUUUUCUAAGUUUUGUUUUAUUGCUGCUGUGAAGUAUAUGGAGUAGAAAUCAAGUUCUAACGUAGGAAAGAGGAAGACAUAAUAAUACAGUACUGCAAAGCUAUAACAUGUCCACUUUCAAAGUACCCUGGGAGCAAGUGGACAUCCCCUCACCCUCCAGUUCACUUGACGCAAAGCAAACGUACGAGGAGAUGAAUACAUUACCAAUUUUCCGCAAUAAAGAGCCCAUCCCAUUAUAUUAUCCACCGCUUGAGGGGAGUUGCAAGCAGAUAGGUAGGUACUUUGUGUAACCCUACAUCGUUCCCUGUGAAGGUUGGUUUGUGUGCUUGAUAAUGCAGGGUGCUUAGUAAAUCAGGCACAACGUGGUUUUUGUCAGCACUUGUCCUGUGACUUUAAUUGAAAGAAAGGGCGAUGACGAUGUUGCUCUUGCUUUGAUUCGAAUGAAACCAGGAGAUGCGAGGAGAGGUGUAUGAGGAUUGAAGUGGAAUGAUGCAGGUGAGGUGGAAGGCACCUCCCACGUCACGGCCUUCUGCUUUCAAAGGCGCCACGAAGCGAUUAGGUUAGUAGGUAUUUGAGGUCGUUCCUUCCUUCUUAACCUCAAAACAGCGACUUUGACAACGGAUCACACCACGAGAGGAGGAAGGCACGAUCAUGAUCACAAUCACGAUCCAUUAUCACGUACCUAGGUAGACUCAGAGGAUUGUGCCCCCUGCCCUUCCCUGCUUCUUUCUGCUUCCGCAUACACACUUUCAUCGUCAAAUUCCAAUGGGGUGAGAUAUGUACCUCCAUACGUGGUGAGAUGGUUCGAAGCAUCCGCAUGUAUCUCAUGUAGACAUGCUUCUUCUAUUACGCAUUCCAAAAGACGUGAUCCUUCAACUCCCGUCACUUGCCAGGUCCUCGCUGCCGUACCCUGCGGCGAAAUACCGAGCAAAGCAGCAGUAUACUAAAGAAGCAAUUGGCCGCGAAAACAAGCAUUGUUACCGAGGGGAGUUUCUAGGCGAUCGGCUGCUCAUGUGCAACGAUGAUCACCCAUCAAGCUUUCAUUGCGUGCUCGGUGCGUAGAUUGUCUUCAUGUCUUGGUGGCGGGAUGAACGUACCCUGAUGCUUGUCUGUCGUGUAUAUAUAUAGAAGCUGGAAGCACCUCUUCUCGCGGAUAUAUUUAUGAAAUCCACCCAGAAAGACAACGAAAAUCGAGAAUAUUGGUGUUGAAGAUGUGAGACUAAUGGGUGAGACGGGCGAGGCGCCACCAACCAUUACCUGGUAUACAACACCACGACGAUAACCACUCAUGGACGUCAUCGGCUGUCCUCGACAUCAUCGCUACCUCCAACUUCAAAUGAAAGAUCUGAUCUCACAACACUCGGAAUUUGAAAGCAGCUUGGAGAUGCUCUACAUACAUAGGCACCAGUGCACGUUACGCGACCCCACGACGCGAUUUGUCAGUUACCGGAUGGAUUCCACCUCCGAGCCGCCGAACGGGCCAACAUUCUGCCCACUCGCAACCCAUCUGGCCUCGUCGGAAUCGUUUGAACAUCCACCAUGACCAAUUGCGGUCAAUCUACCGUACGGAAUUGUAUCAAAGAAUGACGGUACGAGGAGAGAACAGAUCUCCUAUUCAAAGAUUCGCUAGUAAAUUUGUGAGUACUAGCUCUUGCCAAGUGGUAGCUACAUUUUGACUCUUAAACUCGCUUCUUUCCCCUCGUUUUUUUUUUUUGCUUGGUUCCUUCCUUAGCUUGAUUCUGUACCUUAUCUGAGCACGGAUCUUUAUAUUCCAUCUACAUUCUCGAAACUUCAUCUUCGAGCUUUUCCCCUCUUACACAGCUUCUUCCACUCUACAAACACAAUUUUGCGCAUCAACCCUCCAAAAACCCGCAAUCAUGACGACCAUCACAAUUGACCCCAACUACGGGUAAGCUCCCCCCAACUCUCUCAAUCCCCUCACCCUCACCACCUCUCAUCCAAGCUAACACCUCCCAGCUACGUCCUCCUCGCCGCAACCUCCACCUUCUUCCUCAACUUCGUCCACUCAGGCGCAACCGGCACCGCACGCAAAGCCGCCAAAGUCCCCUACCCCGCAGCCUACGCGCCUUCCUCACGCAAGGACCACGAAGCCCACGUCUUCAACUGCACGCAGCGGGCGCACGCCAACUACAUCGAGAACCUAGUUCCCAUGCUGGGCUCGCUCUUCAUUGCCGGUCUGCGCUUUCCUCUUGUGAGUGCCGGGAUGGGUGCGGGGUGGACGCUGGGGAGGUUUAUUUAUUUGAGAGGCUAUGGGAGGGGUGNUCAUUGCCGGUCUGCGCUUUCCUCUUGUGAGUGCCGGGAUGGGUGCGGGGUGGACGCUGGGGAGGUUUAUUUAUUUGAGAGGCUAUGGGAGGGGUGAUGAGGGCGGGAAGGGGAGGUAUCAGGGGAUUUGGUUUGUGCUUUUUCAGUUGGGGCUUAUGGGGUUGGCGGGUUAUGCGGGAUUGGGGAUGGUGAUGGGGUGGUAG